UCUGAAGCGCUUAUCUAAUUGGGCGAUUUUAUAACGCUAUACUGUGAAUAAAAUGGUUCUGAAAUUACUAUUUUUUAAUGGAAUCAGUCGGUAAAUAUCCUACUUUACAUAUGCAUCAUUUGGCAUUCCAAGAUAUUUGAGUAUUUCAGGCAUCUUUUAUUAGCUGCUCAAUGUCAGAGAUGGCAAAAGGUAUUAUGGGGAUCGCCGUUCAGAGAAGGCAACCUGCAGGGCGGGUUUCUUUCGCUCCGCCCUCGUCGCUGCAGCAGGUAUCAUACACGCACUUACCCUGAGGCCGAGCAGCCACGAGUACAUGAAUUAAUUCUCGGAGCGAUCUCAAGAUUCGAGGUAAUUUUUAUCAGCGUUAUUAGUGCAGUACUUUUCUAUUUGUUAAAUGAUUAUUUAUUAUGUUUAUUGAAAAAUUGUCUUAUUGUAAUGAGUCAGGGCGCCUUGAGCGCGUGUGCUGAACAUAAAUGCGCCUUACCGCACGGCUUAACAGGAACUGGAAAAUACAAUAAGACAAUUUCUCAAUUAUAAUCAUAAUAAAUUAUCACUUAACAAAUAGAAAGCGCUGCAAUAAUAACGCUAGUAAAAAUACCUAUAAUCUUGAGAUCUCUCCGAGCAUUAAUUAAGUAACGCACUCGUGUCUGCUCGGCCGCUGCUGGGCAUGUGAGUACCCUGCUGCAGCGACGAGGGCGGAGCAAAAGAAACCCACCGUGCAGGUUGCCUACUCUGCCCGGCGGUCCCCAUAGUAUGCCAAACGAAUAUUAUUUCAUUUAUGUGGAGUGGUCCGAAACUUGAGAGGCUGCGCGCAGAGCUUAUAUUAAAAUGAAUCGCCUUAUCUCUCCCUCGGGAAGCCGAAACUGCUCCACUGGACACCGGCAUAUUUACGGGCACCGCUGCUUGGUUGCACGGUUUUCCUCCCUCUGCAAGACGUAAGAUUUAAAAGAAUGUGAUUUUUUUGGUGAUAUUUCAAGUCUGCAUGGUCUUUUUCCAUCAAUACAAAGUGUCAACUUGUACGCCAGAAGUGUCACCCUUCCUCACAUAAAAUAAAAUCCGUAUAUUACACAAUCUGUCUUAUUACACUUAAUUUUUGCUGAGGGAAGAGAAAUCACAGUCUUGCAUUUUUGGAGGGCACCGACACACAUUUUUAGUCCUCUGCGUCGAAUAACAUCUAGAACGAAUUUCAUGAGACAGCACAGGACUCAACGAUGUCCAGUCCAAUGUAAAAUUUAGAAGUGCUGACGCCCCUCAGUGGUGUGAAUUUUAUUGGUACGCAAAUAAAUUGCAUAUUAAUUUGUGCAAUCGAAAUUCAAUUCAAUUUAUUUGUCUUUCAGCAUGGUAGUACAUCUUUUCAGAACAUACUCCAUCUCAUGGCGAAGCAAGGGAGCCAAACUUGGGCAUUCGACCUCUUAUAAUACUUAAACUCUAAAAUAGAAAUAAAGCAUCUAUGCAAUCCUUAAUAGUUUGAGCAAACUAACUAACCUAAUAUGUAUUAAGGAAAUACAUAUUAUGCAAAUGGAUACUGAUAAUGAGAAUAUAAAGCUGCAUAGUAAUACCAUAUGACAUCACCAACUCGAUUUUUGGCCUCCGCGUGUGGCAGAAGGAAGGGGGGCACUAUAUUUAUACGCCGCGCGAAUUCUUAAUUUUAUUAUUCAAGUAACAAGCAUCUUGAGAAAAUCCACAAUGAGCCCCUUGCAAUGGCUGCUAUGUUUUGCGCUUCUCGCACAAGUUUGUGCUAUGGGAAAAAAUUUCGGAAUAAGCGGAAAACUCAAAUUGGUGGACACUAAGUCACCAGAUGAAGAAAGAGAUUCUGAGGCUAAUUUUUCUUACAACGAAACUGAAACACAACCCUUUCUGAAAGAGGUAUUGCGCAACCAGAAUGACUCGGACAAAGAUACUGGCAUGGCUAGCAAAAAUGAAAAACCGAGCUCGGAUGGAAAUCAAGCCCGUGUAAACGUGGAGCCGAGGUCAAAUUUGAAUUACACGCAACGACGCGCGAGAUUAUUGGGAGGAACUGACGUUGCUUUGGGGAUAAAUGUGCAGUUCUUUUACAACGUCUUAGUGGAAGGCGUUUCUAUCCUCGGCACGCAAAAUAAGUACUGCGGAGGUGCAAUUUUAUCGAAAUCCUGGGUGCUCACUGCCGCCCAGUGCGUCGUAGGGGUGGACCCUGUAAGGGUGUAUGCUGGCUCAGCAAUUGAUCCUCUGAACACAGUCACCCCAAUAGAUGCCGUCUUUAGGUACCCUCACGAGAAAUUCGUUCGCAAUACUUUGCUUAAUGAUAUCGCGCUGAUAAAGUUGGUUAAACCCCUCGCACUUGGAGGAACGAUUAGUACAAUCCGUCUUUCGACUGUUUCUAUCCAUACUUUAGGCGGUGUUAGUUUUCGAACCUAUGGAUGGGGACCUCCAGACGAUUCCACUACAUUACCAGUACCACCUAUCUUGAAAUUUAUCAAGAUGAAAAAUUUAAAAAAAAUCUGACUGCCUUGAGAUAUUACAAGACUCAUUUUUGGUUUACCCACCAUCUGCUGGAUGUUUGAGCACUUCGGAGGCAACGAAAGGCAUUUGCUUUGCUGACGCUGGUGGACCUGUCACUUACAUUGAUGAAAUAGAGGACUCAGAGAGAGUCGUCGGUAUCAAUUCUUACAGCUUGGACUGCCCCAGUCUAUAUCCGGGCUCGUACACAAUUGUACUACCCUAUCUAAAAUGGAUCAAGAAAACGACAAGGCUGACAUUCACAUAAAUUAAUGUGAAUUGUUAAUGUAAAGAAUAAAAAACAUUUUUACGUCUGAUA